AUGGAGAGGCCAGCCAAUGUGACGCCGGCCAACGCCAGUUCCGAGUGCCUCCUUCAAGCGGACUUCCAGUAUUCCGUCUUCCCUGCCGUCUACAGCACGGUCUUCGUUUUGGGCCUGCUGGAAAACAUGGCAGCCUUCUACCUCCUGACCUGCAAGACGGCCGGUGCCCCCCGUUCCUUUGUCUACCUCAUCAACUUGGCCGUGGUGGACACCAUGUUCGUCUGCGUCCUGCCGUUCAGGGUCCACUACCACCUCAACCGCAACGACUGGGUCUUCAGCGACCUGGCCUGCGCUGUCACCGGCAGCAUGUACUUUGUCAACAUCUACCUCAGCAUGGCCUUCUUCACCUGCAUCUGCGUCGACCGCUACGUGGCGGUCCUCCACCCUUUCACAUACAUCAGAAUCAAGGGCGUGCACUACGGGAUAGUCUCCGCCCUCCUCUGGGGGGUAGCGGUGGGCGUUGCCCUGCCGCUGGUCCUGGGGGGGCCUUUGACCUCCCACAAGAGCAACAGGACAGCCUGUUUCGAAAGCUUUGGGGCGGGCAGCUGGAGGGGGCGGAUGGUGCCUUACAACGUCUGCGCCCUGGUGUUCGGCUUCGCCAUUCCCUUCGUGGUAAUCUUGGUCAGCUACCCAUUGAUCGCCAGACGCAUCUCCCGCAUCCCCCGCAGUGCCCGCAAGAGGAAAGCCCUGGGGACCAUCUACCUGAUCCUCCUCAUCUGCAUAACCUGCUUCCUCCCCUAUCACCUCACCCACCUGCUCCACUUCCUGAUGCGGGCCGGCCUCAUCCAGAACUGCCGCUUUGCCACCUUCAUUUACCAAAUGCGCCGGGUCACCUUAGCGCUGGUCAGCUUCAACUGCUGCCUGAAUCCCAUUCUUUACUACUUCACUUCGGCUGGCAAGCGGUGGCGCUGCCAGCUACCUUUCCAAACCAGGGCCACCAAGGUCUACACCAUCAGCGGCAGACGGAACUGCAGGCUCCCAUGUGCUCGCCAAGUGCAGCAACUGGACGUGGAUGAGUUGAAGUUGUCGAGAAGGUUGCAGCAGCUUGGCGGACCUUAA